AUGGCUGCCACUCUUUUACCAUUUCCUUUUAGGAGGAGAGUGACUCCCUUUUCAGGGGAAAACUCCGCAGAAACAUUGAACCGUUUUAGAAGAAAACGGAGAAGGAAAAUUUUUAAGUGGUCAAUUCUUUUAAUGGCCAUCAUAAUGAGCCAAUGCACUAUCGAGAGAACCAUAUGGCAGCUUCCUAGAACAGGUGCUUGGUUUCAGCUUGCAUUGAACGAGUUUUCAGACCAAGAAUGGUACGAAAACUUUCGCUUGUCCAGGGCGACAUUUCGAUUUCUUGUUGAAGAACUUAAACCAGAACUGACAUUGCAAGAUGAAAAGAUGAGGAAGGCUGUUGAAGUAGAAAAGAAAGUGGCUCUGUUCUUGUACUUCAUUGCUUCAACCGCAAGGUAUAGAACGCUUUCUAACCUGUUUGGUUUAUCCAGGGGUUUUGUUUGCAUUUGCAUCCGCAAGGUAGCCGCUGCAGUGUUGAGAAAACUUAAGCCAAAGUAUGUGUCAAUUGCUAAAGGAGAUGAACUUACUCGCGUGAUAGCUAAUUAUAAGGAGAAAUGGGGGUUUCCCAUGUGUGCUGGAGCAAUCGAUGGCACACAUAUACCAAUUUCAACACCACAGCAAAAUCAUGCAAGUUACAUCAACAGAAAAUCUUACCACAGCAUUGUGAUGCAAGCUAUUGUUGACAGCAGUUACCUAUUCCGUAAUAUUGUUGUAGGGUGGCCAGGAAGUGUACAUGAUGCAAGGGUCUUUUCGAACUCACAGCUGUACGCUCUGGGGUGUAGUGGGAGGUUAUUUCCACCAGAUGUGAAAGAGGAAAUUUUGGGGCAGGAAAUUCAUCCCGUUAUCUUGGGAGAUCCAGCCUACCCCAUGUUAAAUUGGCUACUUAAAGGUUACCCAGAGAAUGUUAAUACCCCCAGGAUUCAGAGGCGUUUUAAUUAUCGUCUCAGUAGAGCCAGGAUGACAGUUGAGAAUACCUUCGGACGCUGGAAAGGAAGGUUUCCAAGAUUCUCUAAGCGCCUGGAUAUGGAGGUUGAUGGAGCAGUCGAGGUAGUAGCAGCUGCUUGUGUGAUUCAUAACAUCUGUGAGAUGAGAAAGGAACCAUAUUUUGUAGAGUGGUUACAAGAAGGUUUUGAACAGCCCGAGGAGGAAGUAAUCCAGGAUGGACCAAUUGACGAACUGCUUGGAUCUGAUGUAAGAGACACUCUUGCUGCUUUUUUUAUGUCACCCGAAGGCCAAAACUUGGAAUUGGAGUAG